GAAAUGAGAAACAAAAUUUAAUGUCAAGAUAUUGCAUUUAAUAAAUCUUUUUUAAAGUGUUUCUUUUAUGUAUCGAUGAGUUUAAUUAUUAUAAACAAUAAAAUAUAACGCACAAUGCAGCAUCCACAAGUGAUAACUGAAGUCAAUCCCUUACUGAAACACGAAGGGGUUGAUGGGAGUGGAGACAACAAGCCUGUCUCUCAACCACCAGUAGCUGUCGUUACUACUGCAACUGGAUGGAAUGUAAGAUGUGUUCCUAAAGGGUCGUGGAUGGCCAGAUGGCCUGAGUUCAUAUCUGCGUGCUGGAUGACUUUGAUGCUGUUAACAAUAUCGUUUUUGGUGUUUUAUACCCUUGGAAUUAGCGCUUACAGACGACAACCAGUUGUUAUUAUGAGGUGCAACAAUUCGAAGCCGGCUAGCAACGUUUAUUAUCAUCAUAUAGUUCCCAGAGGAUCACUGUUGCCCUUCACUCUAUUCUCCGAAUAUCUCUCAAAUAUUGCUGGACAAUAUCCCUACUUACGAUUUAACGUUAAUUUUCUUAUUGACGAUUCCCUUCCAAACGCUGCAGCUGGGCGAAGCGGUAAAAAAUCUAGAAUAUUUAACCGUCUAGUGCCUAUCAUGCCUUCCACUAUUAAUACGAUCAUAGAACAGAGUGUCAUGAGAGAUGUGAGAGAUUUCGAGAGAAGAUAUCAGAAUGUCAAUAUAACAAUAAUGCUACUCAGCAGAUAUAUGGCUACAACACCAUUAAAAAAUAAUUGGAGGAAUAUACCUAUAUCAUACUUGUCUUUUUAUGCCAGAAUAUUUAAUAUUAGGCAAUCUGGUGGUAUUGGUUUAGAUUUAGUAACGUUUAAUGAUAUUUUUCAUAACUAUCAAGAGAUUAAUCCUAAAAUAACAGCCAUAUUAAAACAACACAACGACGGUAUUGAUGCCAAGAAAUAUACUGAUAUUUUGAGAUCUUUGAAUAGUGAAAGCGAGAAUGAAUUAAUAUCAAUGUUUCUUAAUGUAAUAAAUAAUGUCCUAAAUCUUACUUGCGCCUAUUUCAAUGCUGGUGUCCGUCAUGAAGUAAACGUUUUUGAGAAUAAACCAUUAAUUAGAACACAUCGGAGUAAACGUGAACUAAGGGAUGACGUCAAAUUAUCUACCAAAUCAUUUGAGAACCUUACAGGUACAACCAACCUUGAUAAUAAUAACAGGACGCAACCAAUAUUCUUUACAACCCAGAGUAAUGACACAUAUGAGAUUGUUAAUACAACCGAUGUAUUGAAGUCAAAUAACCUAACAAAAGAAACCGACGCGGUUGUUGACAUUAACGAAGCACACAACUUUGUGUUGAAUUCUACUGAUAUUGCAAAUGAACUACCUCAGUGGCUCAUAUUUUAUGACCUUUCAUUAUAUUCCGAUAUAGGAUCAUCGUACCUCCUUCCAUUACCAUCUGUAAAACAAGAUAGCCAGGAUAUAGCACCAAUGAAAAUAACUGAAUUUAAAAAACUCGCCAGACCAACUACGUACAACCAACUGUCGCUGAGUUCUGACGGACUGUUCAUUGCUGCGCCGCAACGCUUCCACCCCUUUUUGUCUCAAUUACUUUCGACCAGCUGCAAAAGAGUUAAUCCGAGUAUUGCAAUCAAAGAUACAUUUAUGAGUCAAUGCUCCAAUUUCCUACGAGAUGACGUGUAUUGUGAUGGUAUUUUUAUUUUCAAUAGUAUAUUUUAAACUUUGAACUAUAUUCUUAUAAUAUGUGUUGUGAGUGUUACAGUUGUCUUGCUCUAUUAUUAUUUUCAAUAUAGAUUUGAUAAAAUACACACUUUGACUUGUUA